GUCAGUUUCCUCACCUCAUCUCGACCCUUCGCCUUCUUCCUUCUUCUCACCCCCCAUCCUUUCGUCCUUCUGGACUCGUCAAGAUCCUUGCUCUGACGACGCCUCUCCGUCGGCAGCUGGUGUGACACUUCUUUUUUUCAUUUACUUUUUAUUCGCUUUUUGCUUGGUGAUCGGCUCUCGUUGAGAGGGAAAAAAAAACAAACACCUUCACUCAACUUGUUCGCACCCUUUGCGCGUACUUUAUCAUAGCGCAUUGCAGUCGAACGUUUUGUCUAUCGCGUUACGUUUACCUUUUAGCUGGAAGUUCCGACUGUUUCGCACCGGUUCGCAAGCUUUCGCGACUGCUCGCAACACCCGGAUCCUCGAGUGAACCGAUGAAUCUAUAAUACCUCGAAAUACACAGUCAUCAUGUCGUUUGGCGGAUUUGGAGGAGGAUUUGGUCAGAAUAACCAGCAGAGUUCCAGCUUUGGAACAGGCUCUGGCUUUGGCACGGGUACUGGUGGAGGUUUUGGAUCAACCUCAACAUCGUCCCCUUUUGGUGGGGGUAACACAUCAGGCGGUGCUGGUGGUGGUGGUGGCCUGUUUGGAAAUACCUCCAGCAGUUUUGGUUCCGGUGGAGGAUUUGGAACGAACACUCAGAACCAGGCGGGCUCAGCGUUUGGAAAACCUGCAGGAGGCUUCGGAACUGGAGCAUCUGGCGGAGGCCUUUUCGGAAGCUCCAACACAACAACAUCUACCACAGGCGGUGGCUUUGGUGGCGGCUUUGGCUCUACUACUGGAGGCACGUCUGGAUUUGGUAGCACGAACACCGGCGGCGGGAUGUUCGGAAGUAAGCCUGCAGGAGGGUUUGGUAGUACAACUGGGACAGGGACUGGUACCGGUUUUGGCGCUGGAGCUGGAGCUGGAACUGGCUUUGGAAGCAGUGCUGGAUCAGGAUUUGGAAGUGCAACAGGAACUGCAUUUCAGCAGGCCGUCCCGCCUUCCGAUGGCACUGGCAGCACCCCGUUCAGUGCCUUUACUGAGAAGGACGCAGCUUCUUCUGUUAUGAACCAUUACCAAAGCAUAUCUUUUAUGCAGCCCUACAGCAAAUACUCGUUUGAAGAACUUCGACUGGGUGAUUAUAAUGCGGGUCGCAGAUUCGGAAAUGGGAGUGGGCAGGCAGGUGCCUUUGGCUCUUCAGCCUUUGGGGGAUCGGGAUUUGGAUCUCAGCCCCAGUCUACUGGGUUCGGUAACACUUCGUCUCCUUUCGGUGGUGCCGCUGCCACUAGUGCCCCGUCAGCAUUUGGCUCAACUCAGACAUCGGGCGGUUUUGGGUCUACUGCUACAUCCAACCCCCUGUUUGGAGCUUCCAAACCCGCUACCUCCUUAUUUGGCGGAGGUGCUGCCUCUUCAGCCCCCGCUCAACCUAGUUUAUUCGGAACUAGCUCAAACACUACAAACACUGGAUUUGGUUCUGGUACUGGCACCGGUGGCGCCUUUGGAUCUGGUGGAUCGCUAUUCGGCAGCAAUAAUCAACAACAACAGCAAAAUAAACCCCUAUUUGGCGGAGGCACUGGAACCACAGGCUCGACAGGUUUUGGUGGUGGUUUUGGCGCGUCGAAUACCAGCACCUCUACGCCGUUUGGUGGCACUGCAGCUACGUCCUCACCAUUCGGGGGUGGCCAGCAACAGCAGACUGGUACCAGCGCUUUUGGUGGCUUCGGACAAAAUCAAAACCAGAACCAAACCCAGAAUAAGGGACUAUUUGGCGGCUUCGGUGGAGGCGCUCAGCAACCGGCUACCGCUACUGGUGGAGGUGGCCUCUUUGGAGGGGGUAGUACUGCCAACACAGGCUCAGGCUCCUCCCUCUUCGGACAGAAUAACCAGCAGAGUCAACAGCCAGCUGCUGGUGGCUCGCUCUUCGGAGGAAAUAACCAGCAGACUGGGACCAGCUCCCUUUUCGGUGGUAACCAACAACAAGGCCAGAAGAGUUUGUUUGGGGGAGGAGCAACCACGGGCACUGGCACUGGCACAGGCAGCGCCUUCGGUGGUUUUGGAAACACUCAAACCCAACAAACCGGAACUGGUCUCUUCGGCGGUGCUCAGAACCAGCAGCAGCAAAAGCCUAGUCUGUUCGGUGGCUCUACGGGCACAGGCGGGUCGUCGUUGUUUGGCGGGGGCACUGGGAACCAAAAUACGGGCUCAUCGCUUUUUGGUGGUGCCCAGAACCAGCAACAACAGACUGGGGGUCUGGGAACCUCGAGCCUCUUUGGCGGUUCUCAGCAACAGCAACCCCAACAAAUGCAGCAAUCACAGCCUGCGCCUGGUAGCUUCCAGGCUUCCCUUCUCGACGGCAACCCCUAUGGCAACCAGUCAAUCUUCUCGGGUCUGCCUGCGCCGAACACUGCUAGUCCCGGCCCCUUGGCCACCCCGCUGUCUUCUGCGAACAAGCAGAAGCAGCGCACACCCCUGCCAGUCUACAAAAUCACGCCUAGUGCUGCCAACCGUCUCAUCACCCCGCCUAAGCCCCGAGGCUACGGAUUCUCUUAUUCCACUUAUGGAUCUCCCUCUAGCACUACCAGCACUCCUAAUGGCCUUGGUGGAAGUCUCCUUGGAGGAGGUAUGCGCGGCAGCUUCGGUGGCAGCCUGGGCCGUGGCACUUUUAGCAAGAGCUUCUCUACAAGCAAUUUGCGCAAGACAUUCGAUCCAGAAACCGACAGCGUCUUGUCUCCUGGUGCUCUUUCUUCUGGUAACUCGCGCCUAUCGAGUGGUAAUCUGAAGCGCCUGACCAUCGACCGAAGUCUGCGAAACGAUCUCUUCACUCGCUCUCCUAGCACACCUACCGCAAUAACCAAUGGGGACGACGCCGGCCCAAGCAAAGUCAGAAAGAAGGUCAGCUUCGAGUCAACUCCUGAUGGCACGACUGGUGGUGAAGUUGUCCCCGUGACAUCCCAGUCCCCCGAACCUACCCCAGAAGAACUAGGCUUCUUGCGCUCAGUUCGCAAGAGUGGAACUACCAAUGGUGUCAACGGUGUAAAGCCGGCGACCGAAAUCUCUGCUCAACCUGAGAUGGAGUCCGUUUCGAACAGAAGAACCCUUAUCACUGUCCCAGAAGAUACUGAGAGUGCCUCGCCUGCUUCGUCAUUCGAGGAUGGCACGCGACUGCCCUUCACUCCUAGCGGUGACCCCCAGCCAGGCGAAUACUGGAUGAAGCCAACAAAGGCUGAACUCAGCAAGUUGAGCCGUGAGGAGCUGAAGCGUUUCACCGGGCUGACAGUUGGCCGUCAGCGUUGCGGUUCGGUCACUUUCGAUGACCCCGUCGACUUGACUCAGAUUGAUCUGGACAAUAUCUUUUCUGGUCUGAUCGACAUUGGCGUACGUAAGAUUACUGUGUACCCUGACGAGUCCAUGAAACCUGCUAGAGGCAAGGGUCUGAACGUUCCAUCUACCCUGCGCAUUGAAAACUCUUGGCCGCGUGGUCGAGACAAGAAGAGCCCUUCAUCACUCACCAGCGGCCCACUUUUCGACAAACAUCUUGACCGUCUAAUGAAGGUACACAAUACGGAGUUCGUUAGAUAUGAGACCGAUACCGGAACCUGGGUGUUCCGGGUGGCUCACUACACGACAUAUGGUCUUGACUAUGAUGACGAGGAAGAAGAAGGUGAGAGCCACAACCAAAGCACCCUGAGUGCUGCUCCUGACACCCCGACUACUUUGAAGGCUCAAUUCCCUGCCGACCGCGAUCUGACCGUUGGCUCGGAGCAGAUGUCCACCUACUCCAUUGACGAUUCCUUUGCGAGUUCGGUAGGGGGAGUCGACGACGACACAUUCGAUUUCAAAAAGCGUAAAUUGGUUCCCGGGGCGUUUGGUAAUCAGGCGAUGGAGACGGUGGAGGAACAGGAGCUAGGAUCCGAAAAUGAAACCGAGUCUUUUUUAGAGGAAGGCUCCACGGGUUCAACUGAACAGGAUGGCGACGACGUCACCGAGAGCCAGCAAUCUGUUGGCGAGUCAGAAAUUGAAUUAGAUGAAGGCGAGGAAAUGGAUAUGGCGGGCACCUUUCCUAACCUUGAUCGUACCGUGGAGCAUGACAACGAUGAGGAUAUGGGCGACGAAACCACCCAGCCCUCAUUGAAACCCUGGAACACCCCCCCCAAAGCCCGCCUCGACCUUACCGGCGACUGGGCUGAACAAUUGCAACGAACUAUCAGCCCAAGAAAGCAGAACCGCGAUGCUCUCCGUGAGAUCCAAGCGAACGCUUUUAACGAGAGACUACUUAAUGAUGGGACGCCGACGAAAGCAGCAGCGAAUACUCAGCAAAAGGGGUUCAACACCAGUAUUGACCUGAUGAAUUCUUUGUUCCAGAAACCCCGCAAGCAAGCUCAAUCUCCGGCGAAACCACAGCCGCAAACGAAAGGUUUCGAGUGGCCGUACCACAAGCAGCCAAAGACCUUUGCAGGAGAAUCGAACGAAAUGAGCAAAGAUGACUUGGAUUUCCACCACUCCUUCAAACCUCGAUGGGGUCCCGUCAAUUCUUUGAUCUGCGCAAAAAGUGACAUGAGUGAGCAUGGAUCCAGGGACCCUCAUUGGAGGGGAAAACUUUCCAUUACCAGCGAAGGGCGGGAUAUUGUUGUCCUUGCUCCUGAGCGGACUUCAAUGCCCGAUGAAAUGCUCGAGAUCCAACGAAAACAAUCUUCUAUCACUCGUGUUGAUGGUCAGCCCUUUGCUCGACUUGCGCAAGCCAACUUCGAACAGUUCACCCAGGCAUCACAAUCUGUUCAUUCCGACCAGGAACAUCUGAUUUGGGAGUUGGCGAACAUUUUGUUCAACGAUCAAAUUGAAGAUGACCUGUCCGCGGGCGUUCCUUCACAGCUCCGGCAAAAGUACCUCCACCGCAUUAAGAAAGACCGGUUGAGUCGGCUCUGGGAAGGUAUUGUUCGUGAAAGAAACACACAUGCCGUAAACAAAGCCAGUUCCGCCGAGGAGCGCGCCAUUUACCUGUUGUGUUCGCACCGUGUCGAGGAAGCCUGCAGCGUUUUGAUGUCAGGCCAGAAUUUCCACCUCGCAACACUUGUCUCCCAGAUUGGGCGGGAUCCGACUACGCGGCGUGAUAUGGCCAAGCAAAUCGAGUCGUGGCGCGAACAAAAUGUCUUUUCUGAGAUGAGCGAGCCGAUCCGAGCCUUGUACGAACUUCUGGCUGGCAAUGCCCUCCGCAGCGAUGGGAAGUCUGGAGGAGCGCUUGAGGACCGUGCAUCAACAUUCACUUUCUCCGAGCGAUUCGAGUUGGAUUGGUUCCAGGCUUUUGGCCUUCGCCUCUGGUAUGGAAUCAGUGAUGACGAGCCCUUGGAGAUCGCAGUUUCGGACUACGCACAAGAUCUCAGGAGUGGACAGGAACCUGCAUUCCCUUCGCCUUCCCAUCUGGACAAUGACCGGGGCUUGUGGCAUACAUCUCCCGACACCGUUGGCCAUGAGUCCCCUCUUUGGGUUUUGCUGAAAACAUACACAGCGACUCUUGGAGUGUCUAAGGCUACCGGCGUGCCUUCACUUGAGCUACCUGCUGCAUUGCUGCCAGAGUCGGUAACGGGAGACAAGCUGUCAAACCGCCUAUCAUUCCAACUUUGCCAGGUGCUUGCUGCAGCGCUUGGACGGUAUGAGCGUCUGACCGUUAAUGUUUCUCAGAUGGACCAACUUGCGUGGGAGUAUGGUUGGGAGCUAAGUGCAACCGGUAACCUUACCCAGACUUUGUUUGUCUUGCUUCAUCUAUCGCAUGCUUCGGACCGCGAGAGGGCCGUAAAGGAGGUACUUGCAAGGUUUGCCGCCCAGUUACCAGAGCCACUUACACCAGAAAGCUCGCCGGGUGCAAUCUGGUUGCAGCUUACCCAUGACCUCCAAAUUCCCGAGAGUUGGAUUUGGAUGUCCAAGGCUCUUUAUGCUCGGAACGUCGGCGACGCAGCGCGUGAGGUCGAUUGUCUUGUCCGCGGAAAGAACUGGAAUGAUGCCCAUGCCACAUUCUGUCGGAUCGUUGGCCCGACGGCUGUCAUCGAGCACGAUUAUAAGACUCUCGAGACAUUAUUGUCUGGAUUUGGAGAAGCGCCGGAACGCAAGGUGCGCGGCUGGGCUAGCGGUGGUGGAGUCUACGAGGAUUUCCUCCAGUUGGCGACGGCCCGGGGGCGUGACCCUCAGCGCCUGAACCGCUUGGUGGAUGCGCUGGUGACUAUGGGUGAGGUUAUCAAUAAAUCAGGCGUGGAAGGGUUGGAAGAGCGCGUGGCGUUCAAAGAAAUGAGCCGCAUUGUUGCUGGCUGGACCACCCUGGAGGACGCAAAGGCAAUGGAAAUGUCCCGUGUCCUUCGACUUCCUCUGACAGGCGAUGCUCGUCUUCUGCAGACUGCGGAGAUGAGCAGGCGGUACUAUAGCGUUAUUAUGGCGGGGGGUUACUGAAAUCUGACUCGAGAAAUUUAAAGAACCUAGAUCCGUUCCGUUCCAUUCGUGUCUCUGUUGCGUCUACUUUGAUUACAUUGUCCAAUCCUGUACUCUAGCUUAGCUCAUGUUUUGUUUUGCUAUUUGACUUUUGCCCUGUAUCUCUUUUUAAUGAAGCUAUGCUGGAUGUUUCAGAAUGUUUUGUGAGUUUCUUUACAUGUCCCGUGCGUGGCAUGCCUUGUCUAGAUAGUUGCUUUACUCUGCAGUAGGUAGAUGAUAUCAGAGAUGAUUCGCCUUG